ACCCUGAACCAAAUUAUGAAGCCGGCUCAGGCUCAACAACCCAAGCUCACAGAGAAAGGAUUCAAGAAAAAAUGUACGCUCCUAAAGAGAAUUUUCAGUCAAUUUAUAAAACAGAAAAUGGUAUUAAAGAAAAAGAACCCCUCUCUGGAGAUAUAAAAUUUCUAGAAAAAAGGCCAGAUACAGAAAGGCAACACAAAAGUUGGAUGCUGUAA